UCUUGAAUAUGGCGGGGUUCGCUGGUCUCGGGCUGUCAUCGUGGCUCAUGGAACAAUGUCGGCAGCUGGGGUUGAAGCAGCCCACGCCGGUGCAGCUCGGUUGUAUCCCAGCCAUUCUGGAAGGUAGAGAUUGCUUGGGCUGUGCAAAGACAGGAAGUGGCAAGACGGCUGCCUUUGUACUUCCCAUCUUGCAGAAGCUGUCUGAGGACCCUUAUGGCAUCUUCUGCCUGGUCCUGACACCUACCAGGGAGCUGGCCUACCAGAUUGCUGAGCAGUUCCGGGUGCUGGGGAAGCCCCUCGGCCUGAAGGACUGCAUCAUCGUCGGCGGCAUGGACAUGGUGGCACAGGCCCUGGAGCUGUCUCGGAAGCCACAUGUAGUGAUUGCCACUCCUGGGCGCCUGGCUGAUCAUCUGCGCAGCUCCAAUAUGUUGAACAUGAAAAAGAUCCGAUUCCUGGUGAUGGAUGAGGCUGACCGGUUACUGGAGCAAGGUUGCACUGACUUCACUGCAGACCUGGAGACCAUCCUGGCAGCCAUUCCAGCACACAGGCAGACGCUGCUCUUCAGUGCCACACUGACUGACACACUCAAGGAGCUGCAGGGCCUGGCCACCAACCAGCCCUUCUUCUGGGAGGCACAGGCCCCGGUGCGCACAGUGGAGCAGCUUGACCAGAGAUACCUGCUGGUGCCAGAGAAGGUGAAGGAUGCCUACCUGGUGCACUUAGUCCAGACCUUCCAAGACCAGCUGGAGGACUGCUCCAUCAUCAUCUUCACCAAUACCUGCAAGACCUGUCAGAUCCUUUGUAUGAUGCUUCGGAAGCUCAGUUUCCCUACAGUGGCACUGCACUCCAUGAUGAAGCAGAAAGAACGCUUUGCAGCCCUGGCCAAGUUCAAGUCCAGCAUGUACCGGAUUCUUAUUGCCACUGAUGUGGCCUCGAGGGGCCUGGAUAUCCCCACUGUGCAGGUUGUCAUCAACCACAACACCCCUGGGCUCCCCAAGAUCUACAUCCACCGAGUUGGUCGAACAGCCCGUGCAGGGCGACAGGGACAGGCCAUCACACUGGUGACACAGUAUGACAUCCACCUGUUGCAUGCCAUCGAGGAGCAGAUCAAGAAGCCGCUGCAGGAACUGGUGGUAGAGGAGGCUGAGGUCCUGAACAUCCUCACGCAGGUCAAUGUGGUGCGAAGACAGUGUGAAAUCAAACUGGAGGCUUCGCAUUUCGAUGAAAAGAAGGAGAUCAACAAGCGGAAGCAGCUGAUCCUGGAGGGGAAGGACCCUGACCUGGAGGCCAAGCGCAAGGCGGAGCUGGCCAAGAUCAAGCAACAGAACAAGCAUUUCAAGGAGAAGGUGGGGCAGACACUUCGGCGACAGAAAGCGAGUACAGUGGGUCGAAGGCCUCGGCCUCCAGCACAGACCCAGGCCGAGGCACAGACCUGAGUGUGAUCCUGUCACUGCUAGUCUCCUGGGUGGGCUGCAGAAGACCUCAGUAAACACUCUGAACCUGUCAGUCUGAGUUGAGAAUGGGGCAGAAUGGGUGCAGGGCUGUGGGUCUCUGGUUUCCAAAGCCUCUCUCUGUUGCCCUUGGGGAUGACCGCUGUGACCCU